CUUUGGAUGUGCUUAGGCCUUAUUAUUCAGAUAUACUCUUGAACGACAUACUUGUCUGAACUUGGUCUGAACGGUCUGAACACGGACGAUGGUGAAAACAGGGUGCCUGGGGCGAUUUGAUCAAGGUUUGUGAAAUUUACACGUGAUGUUUUACAUGUAGAAGGCCCAUGAAGGGGAGAACUUUCAAAUGUCACGUGAAUAAUAUGCCCUCCGGCGCCCUGUUUUCACCGGCGUCCCUGAACACAGGUUCCAGGCUUUUCACUCUGAAGGUUGAGCUACAUUAUCAGUGAUCGUUCAGGAAAUUAUGUGCAUGAUCUGCAGACCCGUGAUUGCGAGACUCCCUUGAUAUCGGGUCCCUUAAUCACUGAUUUUUUCUGGUCUUUCCUGAGCCUGGUCGCAAUGCGAAAGCUGCUUCUUCUGUCAAGUUCCUCCUACCACGGAGCUGAAGGGUUCCUAGGAUGGUGCGGUGAUCUUCUUACAGAGUUCCUCGGGAAGGAGGUUUCUCGUGUGUUAUUCGUGCCAUAUGCCUUGUUCGACUACAAUGAGUACACUACGACUGUGCGAGACCGGCUAAAGCAGCUCGGCUAUGAGGUGGAUGGCAUACACGAGCUGGAGAACCCGCUGCAGGCCGUGGAGCAGGCUCAGGCCAUCUUCGUCGGCGGCGGCAACAGCUUCCGGCUACUGAAGACGAUGUACGACCACCGGCUGGUGGACGCCGUCCGCAAGCGUGUGCUGCAGGACGGCAUGCCGUACAUCGGCUCCAGCGCCGGCACCAACCUCUCCACGGUGAGCAUCUGCACCACCAACGACAUGCCGAUCGUGCACCCGCCGACGUUCGAGGCGCUGGCCCUGGUGCCGUUCAACAUCAACCCGCACUACAUCGACCCCGAUCCCAGCAGCACGCACAUGGGCGAGACGCGAGAGAAGCGCAUCAGAGAGUACCACAUGUACGCCGACCGGCCGCCCGUGCUUGGUCUCAGGGAGGGCAGUGCGCUCCUGGUACUCGGGGACAAGGCUGUGCUGAAGGGUCCGACAGGCGCGAAGCUGUUCAAGCCCAAGGAAGAAGCUGAGGUGUUUGAGUCUGGGUCCGAUGUGAGCUUCUUGUUGAAGUGAAUCGAUGUCGAUGUGAUAAGUCGAUUGGUCAUAAAUCAAAUAGGAUCAUGAUUGUUCAAUAUGUUCAUAGUAACUGUCACCUGAUAUUGCUAAAUCAAAGUAGAUUUUUAUUCCAGUCUUGAGUAUUAUCAGGAAAGUGGCUAAUUUAACAACAAAUGGUACAAUCGACAUGGUUGGAGUGGGCGCCUUGGGUAUGGUAAAUAGUAGGGGUAAUGUUGAAGAUGUGAUUCUGUACUGGGUUGUGCGUUUUCCGUCUUAUACAGCCAUGCGCGGAAAUGUCAAACGUGGUGUCGUGAUCGAAUGUCAAGAUUUUGUUUUCAUUCAGUUGCUAUAUACCGGCCGUUUUUAUGCACGCGAGCACAUAGUUAUUAUGCUGGCUGUUUCCUUGUUAUCGUUGAAUACGAUCGGCAACAUUACUUACCUACUCACUGUGGAUGCUUAACAAUAAAGGGAUGAUUUGCUGUGA